GGGCUGGAGCCACUGGUGAGUGACGUCACGUCCGGCCGUUCCGAGGCCCGCCGACAGGUUCUGGCGAUGAAGUCCGUUUUCGUCACCGUAGGCACCACCAGUUUCGACGAGCUCAUAACCUGUGUGUCCUCCAGGGCUGCCCUCCAGAUACUCAAGAGACUUGGUUAUCGCAAACUUGUUCUACAGAUUGGAAAAGGCACAGUGGUACCGGACUCCUUCGCUUCGACAUCUUUUUCUUUGAUUGUUUACAGGUUCAAGAAUUCCUUGAAAGAAGACAUUAAGAGAUCAGAUCUGAUCAUUAGCCAUGCAGGUGCGGGGAGCUGCUUGGAGGCCCUGGAAGAAGGAAAGCCCUUGGUGGUGGUCGUAAAUGAAAAGCUGAUGGACAAUCACCAGUUAGAGCUGGCCAGACAGCUGCACAAGGAAGGGUAUCUUUUCUAUUGCACAUGCAGCACCCUUGUUGAGCUGUUAAAAUCAGUGGACUUAUCAUCACUGAAACGUUUUCCUCCUGGCAAGCCAGAGCUAUUCUCUGAAUUUUUGGAUAAAGUGGUGAGAUUUAAAAAAUGAAUGCCAGCCUCUCAAUGUCAACCUUUUUUCCCCACCCAUUUGACAACACAUCCUAGAUAAGGCAGUCAGAUCCAAUCCUCUCUUUAGUGUAUUUUUGCGGUAUGACCUGUCCUUAAUAAAUUUUCUACAUCUAAAGGA